AUGAGUUCGACGACUAAUUAUCUCUUCAACAAUCUCUUCUUCGAUUUUGAUGCGGCUAUCCACCUACCUUACGAACCGAGGAUAUAUGUCAGCAUACAAGAGGCAGAAAUAUACAGAAUCAAAGACGUAACUCGUAUGAUCGUUCAGGAUGAUGUAUGGUUUCAAAACAGACGGGCAAAGUGGAGAAAGCAAGCUCGGUUACAAUUGCUGCAGGAUGCGUGGAGAAUGCGAUGCUUGGGUUUAGGAAGCGCUACGCCGCUGCUCCUCGGCCGAUCACCUUCCGGUGGUCUCGAGAGAACUAGCGACGCGUCCUCAACUUCUCCGUCAUCCUCAUCAGCUCUUACGGGCUCGCCGAAUACGACUGACAAAUUACCUGAGAUUGGCAGUCCCAUAUCGGUCUGCAGAGAUUUUCGAAUUUUAUCUUCACUGCCACCUGGAUACUCGGUACCUUGCGACAAAUCGCUCGACAGGCUCAAAUGUCGUUGUGGAACGCCACCCAGGAUCAGUGCGAGUCCCGCGGACCAUGGUGACAGCCUAGCAACAAGAGAACGGCCACAGGAAGCCGAAAUGGAUCUUACUUUGAAAGCUCAUCAUCCUGCAUCCGUUAGGCAUUCGUUAUUUCAUCAUUUAUCAAGCAAUCACCAGCAGCAAGAUAUUGUGCAAACCAUAGACGAGCCUUUGGAUGUCACUCUCAACAGCAGCAAGAACAACUAA